CGGGACUGCCAGACCUUGACCAACAGCAUCUGCCACGGCUGCCCCCGGUGCAAGGGCACGAAGCCCACGGACUGUUGCCACGAGCAAUGUGCCGCCGGCUGCACCGGCCCCAAGCACUCCGACUGCCUGGCGUGCCUGAACUUCAACAGGAGCGGGAUCUGCGAGCUGCACUGUCCCCCCCUCGUCAUCUACAACUCGGACACCUUCGAGUCGAUGCCCAACCCCGAUGGGCGCUACACCUUCGGUGCCAGCUGUGUCACCCAGUGUCCCUACAACUACCUUGCCACGGAGGUGGGGUCCUGCACCCUCGUGUGCCCCCAGAACAGCCAGGAGGUCACGGUCAACAACGUCCAGAAGUGUGAGAAGUGCAGCAAACCCUGCCCGGAGGUGUGCUACGGGCUGGGAGUGGAUUUCCUCAAGGGUGUCCGUGCCGUGAACGCCUCCAACAUCCAGCACUUCUCCGGCUGCACCAAGAUUUUCGGGAGCUUGGCCUUCCUGCCCGAGACCUUCGCUGGGGAUCCCAGCACCAACACACCACCCCUGGACCCCAAACUGCUGCGGAUCUUCGAGAGCCUCGAGGAGCUGACGGGCUUCCUCUACAUCGCUGCCUGGCCACCUGAGAUGAAGGACCUGGGAGUCUUCCAAAACCUGCGGGUCAUCCGGGGCCGUGUCCUGCACAACGGCGCCUACUCGCUGACGCUGCGGGACCUGGCGGUGCAGGCGCUGGGGCUGCGGGCCCUGCAGGAGAUCAGCAGUGGGAUGGUGCUCGUCCACCACAACCCCCAGCUCUGCUUCCUCCAGAAGGUGCCCUGGGACAGCAUCUUCCGCAACCCCCGCCAGCGCCUCUUCCAGACGCACAACAAGCCCCCCGAGCAGUGUGAGAGCGAGGGGCUGGUUUGCUUCCACCUCUGCGCCCACGGGCACUGCUGGGGCCCCGGACCCACCCAGUGCGUGGCCUGCGAGCGGUUCCUGCGCGGCCAGGAGUGCGUGGCCUCCUGCAACCUCCUGGAUGGAGCCGUCCGGGAACACGCCAACGGGACGCGGUGCCUGCCGUGCCACCCCGAGUGCCAGCCCCAGAACGGCACCGAGACCUGCUUCGGAUCGGAGCCGGACCAGUGCGUGGCCUGUGCCCACUACAAGGACGCCCAGCAGUGCGUGCGGCGCUGCCCCAGCGGGGUCAAGGCCGACGCCUCCUUCGUGCCCGUCUGGAAAUACCCUGACGAGGACGGGGUGUGCCAGCUCUGCCCCACCAACUGCACCCACUCGUGCACCAUCCGGGAUGAGGACGGGUGUCCCGUGGACCAGAAGCCGAGCCAGGUGACGUCCAUCAUCGCCGGCGUGGUGGGGGCUCUGCUGGUCAUCGUCCUGCUCCUCAUCACCGUCAUCUGCGUCAAGCGCCGGCGGCAGCAGGAGCGCAAGCACACCAUGAGGCGCCUGCUGCAGGAGACCGAGCUGGUGGAGCCGCUGACGCCCAGCGGGGCCCUGCCCAACCAAGCCCAGAUGCGGAUCCUCAAGGAGACCGAGCUCAAGAAAGUGAAAGUUUUGGGUUCUGGUGCUUUCGGCACCGUCUACAAGGGCAUCUGGAUCCCCGACGGGGAGAGCGUGAAGAUCCCGGUGGCCAUCAAGGUCUUGCGGGAGAACACGUCGCCCAAAGCCAACAAGGAGAUCCUGGACGAGGCCUAUGUGAUGGCGGGGGUGGGCAGCCCCUACGUGUCCCGGCUGCUGGGCAUCUGCCUGACCUCCACGGUGCAGCUGGUGACGCAGCUGAUGCCCUACGGCUGCCUCCUGGACUACGUGCGGGAGAACAAGGACCACAUCGGCUCCCAGGACCUGCUCAACUGGUGUGUGCAGAUCGCCAAGGGGAUGAGCUACCUGGAGGAGGUGAGGCUGGUGCACCGGGACUUGGCCGCUCGCAAUGUUCUCGUCAAGAGCCCCAACCACGUCAAGAUCACGGACUUCGGGCUGGCGCGGCUGCUCGACAUCGACGAGACCGAGUACCACGCUGAUGGGGGCAAGGUCCCCAUCAAGUGGAUGGCGCUGGAGUCCAUCCUCCGCCGGCGCUUCACGCACCAGAGCGACGUCUGGAGCUACGGUGUCACCGUGUGGGAGCUGAUGACGUUCGGGGCGAAGCCGUACGACGGGAUCCCCGCGCGGGAGAUCCCGGACCUGCUGGAGAAGGGGGAGCGGCUGCCGCAGCCGCCCAUCUGCACCAUCGACGUCUACAUGAUCAUGGUGAAAU